GGAAAGAGCAGGAUGUAGCGGUACAUGUAUCGGGCUCGCUUUACAUCAAUCCAACCAUCAGAAGUCCUUCUCUCUUUUUAUGUCGACGCGGUGAGUCGGGUUUGGGGGAUGGGUGUUGUAAGGAUUGUCAACAGAGACGACUAACGCUUGCAAAAUGUCCAACAUCCUCGAUGCGGCGUCCAGAGUGAAAUGGGACCGCACGGCUGCGGCGAAGCGAGCCGUGUUUCUUGCGGCUGCUGCUUACGGCGUCAAAACACUGUACCCCAUCAUCUGCAAGCAGCUCGGCAAAAACAAAGACCCCGGGAAUAAUCGCCGGGUUUCAAAGGCAGAAAACGGCUCCACUUGUUUGGUAAAAACACAGAUAGAUGCUGCGGAUCAUAUGAAGGCAUCCCCCGGGGUAAAUGCUGAAUUUUUCAAGCAGAUCCUCGAACUUGGUAAAAUCCUUUUCCCCAAGCUUGUGUCUAAAGAGCUCGGUUUGCUCUCCUUGCACUCAGUGGCGCUGAUAUCGAGGACGUUUCUGUCUAUUUACGUGGCCAGCUUGGACGGCAAGAUUGUCAAGACGAUCGUGGAGAAGAAACCCAAGAGCUUCAUCAUCCAGCUUAUCAAAUGGCUCCUCAUUGCCAUCCCGGCCACGUUCGUCAACAGCGCCAUCCGGUACUUGGAGUGCAAACUGGCUCUGGCCUUCCGCACCCGGCUCGUGAACCAUGCCUACCGGACCUACUUCACCGAUCAGACCUACUACAAAGUCAGCAACAUGGACGGGAGGCUCGCCAACCCGGACCAGUCUCUCACUGAGGACGUAAUGAUGUUUUCCCAGUCGGUGGCUCACCUCUAUUCUAACCUCACCAAGCCUAUACUGGACGUGAUGCUGACCUCUUACACGCUGAUACAGACCGCCAGGUCCAGGGGGGCCAACGCCAGCGGACCGACCCUGCUGGCCGGGCUGGUGGUCUUUGUCACUGCCAAGGUCCUGCGUGCCUGCUCGCCCAAGUUUGGCAAGCUGGUGGCCGAGGAGGCGCACAGGAAAGGCUACCUGCGCUAUGUGCACUCCAGGAUCAUUGCAAAUGCGGAGGAAAUAGCUUUCUACAGGGGGCACAAGGUGGAGAUGUGUCAGUUGCAGAAGUGCUACCGGGCUCUGGCGCACCAGAUGAACCUGAUCCUGUCCAAGCGUCUCUGGUACAUCAUGAUCGAGCAGUUCCUCAUGAAGUAUGUGUGGAGCAGCUGCGGGCUCGUCAUGGUGGCCGUGCCAAUCAUCACAGCCACCGGCUUUGCUGACAAUGAAACCGCAGACGGGCAAACGCAUGUGAUGGUGAGCGAGAGGACGGAGGCUUUCACCACCGCCCGUAACCUCUUGGCCUCAGGAGCAGAUGCAAUCGAGAGGAUCAUGUCCUCCUACAAAGAGGUCACAGAGCUGGCAGGCUACACUGCACGGGUACACAACAUGUUUGUGGUGUUUGAGGACGUCCAGAAGGGUGUUUACAAGCGCUCCUCUGUAUCAGCCACAGCAGGAGCAGAGAAGAAGAGCAAGCCUGGGAUGCACAUCGAUGGACCAUUGGAGAUAAAGGGUGAGGUGAUAGAUGUGGACAACGGCAUUGUGUGUGAGAAUGUCCCAAUUAUUACACCAAAUGGGGACGUAGUAGUGUCUUGCCUGAACUUUAAGGUAGAAGAGAGCAUGCACCUAUUGAUCACGGGGCCCAACGGCUGUGGAAAAAGCUCUCUGUUCAGAAUCCUCAGCGGCUUGUGGCCUGUCUAUGGCGGCCGGCUACACAAACCCUCUCCUCAGCAUAUGUUCUACAUCCCUCAGAGGCCAUACAUGUCCAUGGGUUCACUGCGGGACCAGGUGAUCUACCCAGACUCUGUGGAGGACAUGGCUGCCAGAGGCAUCAGUGACAAGGACCUGGACACCAUCUUGGACAUAGUCAACCUCAACCACAUUGUCACCAGAGAGGGAGGCUGGGACGCUGAGCUGGACUGGAAGGACGUGCUGUCAGGAGGCGAGAAGCAGAGGAUGGGCAUGGCUCGCAUGUUCUACCACAAGCCUAAAUAUGCGCUGCUGGACGAGUGCACCAGCGCCGUGAGCAUUGAUGUGGAGGGAAAGAUUUUCCAGGCCGCUAAGGACGCCGGCAUCUCUCUGCUCUCCAUCACACACAGACCCUCCCUGUGGAAGUACCACACUCACCUGCUGCAGUUCGACGGGGAGGGAGGCUGGCGCUUCGAGCAGCUGGACACGGCAACGCGCCUCUCCCUCACCGAGGAGAAACAGCGGCUGGAGGCCCAGCUGGCCGGCAUUCCCGAGAUGCAGCAUCGCCUCAACGAGCUCUGCAAGAUCCUGGGAGACGACUCCGUCCUCAGAACAGUCGAGGAGUGAGAGGGCGAGGGAGGGAGCGGGAAAGGGGCCCAGAGGGGAAAAGAGAGAGGUGCUGCUGGUGGUGGUGAGGGUGGGGGGGGGUGAAGAAGCAAUGAAAGAAAAAGAUUUGUCAGCGUUUCUUUCAGAUUUUUUCCCCCCUCUCCUGUGAAAGCAGGAGAGCUCUUAAUGCCAGCUAGUCUUUCAGCUGUCCUUUCUCCUCUCCCUCUUCUUUUAAAUCUUUCCUUUGCCCCGCUCCAACCCGAGAAGUGGGAGAGUGAAGUGGAAAUCACACAUACUCCCCCUCUAUACUCGCAUGGACUGCAUACUUUUAGAUUUUAAAUGUGGACUUUUACCAUGCAUCAUUUUCAAGAUCAUUAUAUGCCACAGUUUAAAGUGGCAAAGCAGAUAAAUCCAAAAUUGAACCAAGAUAAUUCAUUUGUUUGUUGGUUUGUUUUUAUAGCACUUUACAUUGCUUUUAGAAGGCUGUCCCCAUUUUGUUGUGGUAGCUCACAGUGAAAUAAGGUGAUAGCUGCGUUUUAGCUGGAAAACGUUUUAAUAUAGAACCACUAAAUAUUGUCCACAGCAGUAUUCCACGCCCAGUAUACUGGGUUGUGCAGCAUCCACUUUUGUCAUAAUUUAGCAGUAGAUUUACCUGUUACCUCUUGGUUCUGAAAGGUCAAGAGAGACUAUAUUUCAAAAUGUCACAAUAUGCCUUUGUUUGAUUUUGUGUAUCUAGCCGCAGUACAAUCCCUUUCCUUAUACCUCAUCUUAGCCCUUUGUAGGUUAUUACAGACCCUUGGACCACUGAUAUAGGCUCAGUGACAGACUUGCACAUGGCUAGCAAAGAAAGAGCCAACCUGGGGUCUGUUAUUAGAGCGAUUAGUGAUGCAGGUCUGACUCUACAUCUAUAGGUUUCUGGUUUAUUGAACAAAUACAAUGAGCUAAAGAGGCCCUCUUCAAAGGAAGCGGAACAAGAGCGAGCCGACCCUGGUAGUCUGGUCUGUCUUUGAACAGUGACACAUACAUUUAUACUAUACACAGAUGAACAGGUAGUCAUUCAGACUAUGGUACUGUCAGGUGCAUGUGCACACGCUGGCCACCUGUUGAAGCCCCCCCCCCUCCACUGUUGACACAAAAAACACUCGUGUGUCUUCUAUGUGUCAAAUGCACCGUCGAUCAUGCUCUGUGGUUCUAAUGAGCUAAUACGUUAUGCUAAUUUAGUAAAAGGAACCUUCAUGUAAAUUGUAUGACGACGUAAGAAAUACUUUGCAAAAAGUCCCACCUUUCUAAAGAGGAAGCUGAUUAUCUUUUAAUAUCAUGAAGUGUGUUUACAUGCACUUAAAUAUUUUAGAUAAGACUCCACAUAUUAUUAUGUUAUAAUAUAUGGGGCCUUAUUGGGUUGCACCUAAUUUGUGUAUUACAUAAUAGGGCUAAUAUACAGUAGUAGGACGCUUAGAGGUCAGGCUUUUUAAAGAUCGCAGACAUUGGAGCUGGUACAGAUUUCAUUUUUGGCUCAAGGACACUUCAGCACGUUGGUUGCCUCUUGACUAAUGGCUGGCAUGCAUCUUGACUAUCUACAGGAAUUAAAUUAGUUUAAUGUUUUUCCUCAUUUAGCCUCCAUGUUUCAACUUCUCUGAAGUUGUGAUACUGUGAAAUCAGUGUUUUUUUCUGUUAACAUCAUUUUUCUUAUGGACGAGUCAUGAAUGCUGUGUUCUCAUGUGGCGGCUCUAAGCUUUGGUUGUGGCUGCUUUUACAGUAUGUUCCCUUUGUGGUUCAGAACUGUGCAUGUGUGUGUGUUUACUGUGUCCAGCAUAAAGAGUACGGGGAAAAGUAAAUAAGGCAGACCUUUGCCUCCCAGAUUGUACUUGGUGAAACAGGAGAGAGGAUCAUGUGUAGAGAAGUUAUGGAUUCACUUAUAGUCUAUUUCCCCAUAGGCACAUAUAUUAUUUUUGCAGUUUUAUACAUUCAAUUGGGCCUAAAGCCUUCCAAGCAAUACAAAUCGUCAAUGCAUCUGAAAAGCAAAAAAGCACCCAGAAACAUUUACAUUUCAUUUUUGUGUUCCUUAGUUUAAUUCAGUGUUUCCUCUGUAAAAUUCAUUUCUAGCCCCUUAGUAAAUUAUAGAACCAAUUAAAAGUGUGGAAGCACUUUAGAGUUAAAUCGGUUUGUGUUAGUUAAUAUGUAUGAUCCAGAUACCACCACAAACAAGGUGAUCUCUGGGCUUCUGUUUGUUAUUCUCACACUGUACUGAGUCACUGGUACAGUGUAAUAUCAAGUCAUCUCACUGGUUAGAAUACCACCAUUUUGUUCUCAUUCCCUCUGUUUGGUUAAUACUCCACCAUGUCUGUGUUGCAGAGUAUGGACAAUCAGUCACAUCAGCAGCAGAAAACAAACAAGUGCCCUGCUAUAUUUCAUACUACACGUUGGCUUGUUUGUGUCUGCAGAGAAAUGAGUCCUGAUUUUAGGUAUAUAGCUGCGCCUGCAUCACCUAAUUUGUUACGGAACUUAUCAUGUAAAUUGUAUGCUUGUCAAAGUUUAGCAAUUCCCUCAGGCCUUUUGUUAGACUGAGCUGGGCCUGCGUCCAGGGUGUCUUAAAGUGUAACAUCUUUGCUCCAUUGAGGCUUUAAACCUUUGCAACCUCCCCCUUUUGGCUUUUAGUGGACAGUUCAAGAAAAGAACAAAGCCCCACUCUGCUCAGGAUGAUGGCUGCUAGGUUACAGAAGGACAAACUUAGAUUUUUUUUUCUCUCCCCCUAAAAAAUGUGACUGGAGAACAAAAAUAACUAAUUAAACAUUUAAAAUAUCAAUGCAUUCCUUUUAAUAUCAAAAGGAAUAAUAACUGGAAUGCUCUGUGAUGGUCUGCACAAAACUAAUUACGCCUUCAUUGGGUACGCAACAGAGCAUCGUAGGCAUUACUAUAGGGCUUGAAAAUGGCAUGGCUAGCCUUUUUCAACAGUAAUCUGUACUGGAGUUUCAGACCUGAAAUAAGUUAUCUGUGCCAUCAGUCAGGCUCUGUUGACAGGAGGCCAUAAGAGCCGCUGAAUGACACAGAGUCUGCCAAGUGACACUGCUACAGGAGGUCUGGGAUCCAUAGGCAUGCCCGUAGCUUGAAUAGUUAAAAAGUAAGAAAUACUGUUAUUUCAUCUUGAAAGGAUGGGAUAAAAAAUGAUGAGGUGCUAUUAUCCUGGGAUGUCUCAUGUUUCAGUGGGUUUUCUUCAGAAUUAUGGGUUUUUACAAAGUUUCUUCUGGUUUGUGUUGCGUAAAAUGGUGCUUUUCGUGCUGUGUAUUCUCUCCCAAGAAUUACAUCCUCUAGCCAGUGAUUAUAAGGCUAAGAGUGGCCUCUAAUCAUGCUACAAAACUGUGCCUAAUUGAGGCUAAGCUAUCAUUGGUAACACUUGCUCUCCAGUGAGUCUUGGGCCAGAGCCCUGUGCACAGCAUAUGAAACAUAUGAAAAGACCUCUAGUCUGCCUUCAUUCUUAUUUAUUUAUAUCUUUAAAGUGGCUAUAACCAAACCAGACUUCUUACAUUAACAAUGGAUCACAUACAUGUGACCAUGCAGUUCCCCUCAGCGCUUUGUAGUAACAUUCAAUUCAUUGUUUUGGUUUUCCCGCCCGCAAAAUUUAGUUGAUUCACCAACCAGCUAGUGAACAGGCGCCAAGUGGAACAUUUAGCUAGCAGCUAAAUAGCCCGAUAUUUCCCUCAGGAGCUGGUGAGCAUCAAAACAGCUCUAAAAAUUUAAAGAGUGAAAAUUGGACUUCCACAACUGAAAAUGAAUGGUUACUAGGCCACUGUUUGCUAACAUGUUAGCAACAUCAACUUACAAGGAUUAUGUUUAGCUUGUUUCUGCUGGGCCCAAGUGGUCAAACAUAGUUAUUGCAAGUUUAAUAUUCCCAGAUUUAUUUGGCUUCUAAAAUUUGCUGCUGUGACUCUGCAUUAAACCCAGCAUCUUUUUUUUUCUUUUUCAUAACUGAACUUGGUCUUAGGGUAAAAACAUUGUCCGUCUUUAUCUUUGAACAUGGCACCUCAUCAUUUCUUACCCCUUUAGUAAACCAGUUAAGUGUUAGGCCUUUAGUGGCCUACUACACUCUAUGACCCUGCUUGAUACUGUAAUGACAUCCUUACUACAAAACUUUGAUACUGAAAGUUUUGCAUUCUAUCACCCCUUUUGUAAGAAAGAGAUUGAAUGUAUCCAUAAUGUAUGAUAUAGCAUCUCUUAAGGUUUACGAAGACAGCGAAUACAUGUGGUCAAUGUCAUACAAGUUUCCUUCUUGUUUGAAAAUGUAUCAUUUUAUAAUGGUGUUAAUAGUGCAUGCAACAUUAUUUUAUCAGAGCCACAUUGUGGUGUUUAAAUCAAGAUUUACUGUGUUUGGAAACGUAAUGGGAAAGGAAAAUGUUUUGAUGUUACUCAAGUGGUGCAGGCCAGUCAAGUUAAUAUUAAUGAUAGUGUCAUGACAGAAUGACAUGGGAAGAUAGGUGGAUGCCAAGGAGUACAGUAGUUCUCUGGUUUCUAACUUACUGAGAUUUUUAUUCAAGCUUUUGAUGUAUUAAUUUGACUGUCCUGGACCUCAGAGGCAACAUGCGGUGGUUCUCCCUUAAAGCCAGGGAUAACUACACUGCUACAUAACAACUUUAAAGAGAGCUUUGUUUGCAAUCACAACUCCCAUUAAUAUAACCAUUUUAUAUUUUGAAGUCCUGGAACAGUAGUCCAGACUUCCUGUACGAGGAUGUCAUUGUGCAUGUGUAGGAAUCUGUAUUCUUUAACCUUAGAAGCAAGAGAGGUGCGUUGGCAUAAAGGUCAUCUGUGCAAAAACCAUGUGGUCACUUUAACUUGAAAGAUGAAGAUGUAUUUUCUUGUAAAUAAAAACAAUACAUUGCAACCUCGAAA